AUGCCUGAAGAUGUCGACCAACUUUUGGGCCUGCUUCACGUGUCGCGGCCCGAGGCCGCGCGCCUGCUGCAGGCCGGCGCCUGGCUGUGCCAGCUCGGGGAGCGCCCCGCGCCCGACGCCUGCAUCGCCGGCGCCGUCAUCGCGAUGCGCGGCGCGGGCGGCGGGCUUGCGCUCGCCCAGGUGCUCGGCGCGCAGGCGGCGCUGGACGCGGCAGGCAUUGUCAACCUUGCGCGCAGCCACCUGCUCCUGAAGCACGGCGGCGAGGCCGUCCCCCUGGAGGCCCUCUCAGACGAGCUGCCCGAUGGCUCGGAAGAGUGGGCGCGCGCCUGGCGGGCGCUGCAGGCGCGGCAGGCGGCCGAGGGCGGCGGCGCGCCGCUGCUGCAGCCUGGGGAGGGGAAGCCGCUGCACCAGCUGCGCCCGCUCGCCGCCGCGCGCCUGCGCGCGGCGCCGCCGGCGCCGCACGCCGCGGCGGCCGCGGAGGCUUGCUUGUCGCGGCUGCCGGCGGCGCUGAGGGCCGAGGCGGAUCAGCUGUUGGGGCAGCUGCGAGGGCGGCUAUCUAUAGACUUUUCAGCAGAGCAGCGGGCCGCGAUGCUGCGGGUUGCUGGCGGGCUGCAGCUGGUGCAGCAGGUGCAGCAGGAGAAGCAGGUGCCGCAGCCGGUGCCGCAGCAGGUGCCGCAGCCGGUGCCACAGCCGGUGCCGCAGCCGGCGCAGCAGCCAGCGCAGCAGCCGGCGCAGCAGCCGGCGCAGCAGCCGGCGCAGCAGCCGGCGCAGCAGCCGGCGCAGCAGCCGGCGCAGCAGCCGGCGCAGCAGCCGGCGCAGCAGCCGGCGCAGCAGCCGGUGCAGCAGCCUGCGCAGCAGCCAACCCAGCAGCCAACCCACCAGCAAUCGCAGCAGCCAGUUAUCAAGCCAGUGCAGCAGGCGGUGCAGCAGGCGGUGCAGCAACCACCGUCCGAGCGCGCGCGCGGCGGCAGCCCCUUGCCGGUGCGUGCCGCCGAGGCGGCUGUUUCCAAGGGCGGCUCCGCCCCUGCCUCCGGCGCCGCCACCGCUGCUGCCGCCGCCGCCGUCCCGCCGCCCAUCAGCCACGGCGCCCUGCCCAGCCUGCAUUGGCUCUGGUGCCUGACACAGCAGGACCUGGUCCCGGAUCUGCUGAGUCAGCGCGAGUCGGAAGAGAUCCAGGCAGUCGCCCUAGUCCACGUGUUCAUGGGGGUCGCGCGGCUGCUCAACCCGCGGCUGCGGGACGCGUCUUGGGGCCCCGGCUCUCCCAAGUGGCGCGAGAGGCAGGUGCUGGUCCCCCUCUCGUGCCUCGCGCUCCCGCCGGCGCUGGGGGGUGCCGGUCGGGGCAUUCGGGCGGCGCUGGCGCGGCCGGGCGGGCCGCUGGAGGUUUAUAAGCCACAGCGGCAGCAGCAGAAGCAGCAGCAGCAGCAGGAGCAGGAGCAGGAGCAGGAGCAGCUGUACGAAAGCCCUCUGGCUUUCACGCUCGCAAACCUCUCCGACUUCCUCGUGAUCCUGCAAAGCUCCUCGAACCCCUCCGACUGGGCCGUCCUGCGGCGCCCCCAGAUGCCCAUCGGCGCCCGGCCCGCCACGGGCGCGGACGCGGGCGUCGACGGGCGUGCGCUUCGUUCGACCGCGGACGACGCCGAUGCUGGCAGCGCCCCCGCGGCGGGCGCGGGCGCGCCGUCGAUCCCAGACGGAUACCAGGAGUUGCGUGCAGGGCCCGCCGCGCCGAUCGAGCGCGCCGACGUGGGGCCCCCUGCCGCGGAUUCUGCAUCCGCCGCCACCGCCGAGGCGAGGACGACUGGGACGGCGGCGCCGGGGCGCGCAGGGGCCGCGGGCGCGCCCAGCGGCGGCGGCGGCGGCGGCGGGAAGACGGGUCUGGUCAUCACUGUCAGCGGCGGGGGUGACGGGGGCAAGGGCGCGGCGUCGACGCGGCACGGCGCUGCAGCGCGGCGCGACAGCCGCAGGGUGACGGCGCCGGGCGCGGGCGCAGGGGUGGGCGUGGGCACCUCUGAGGCUGCGUCCAGUGAUCAGCAGCCUGUGACGCCGUGCCCGCUGCAAGAGCCACAGAAGCCUCAGGAGCGGCAGUGGCACGAGGAGCAGCAGCAGCAGCAGCAGCAGCAGCAGCAGCAGCAGCGGCACGAGGAGCAGCAGCGGCGGCAGCAGCAGCAGCAGCAGCAGCAGCAGCAGCAGCAGCAGCAGCAGCGGCGGCAGGGUGAUCGGCGGGCCUCGCCGUCGGCCGCAGAGGCGGCUGCGGAAGCGGCGGCGGCGGCGGCGGAGGCAGAGGCCGAGGCUGGGGUGGACGGCGCGCCGGCGAGCGUCCGAGCGCGCGGCGCCGUCGGGGGCGCCGCUGUCGCCGGCGCGGGUGGGGAGUGGGAGGUUUUGCUCGCGCCCGGCUACAUGGAGGUGGUGUGCGGCGAGCCUUACGCAGUCGGCGGCGCGAUGCGGCGCCGGCUGGAGGCGACCGUGCUGCCUGCGGUGCGCGCGGCGGUGCAGGCCGCCCCUGCCUGGAGCGACGCGCCCGACGGGCCGCUGCAGCUGACUGCAGGCACCUGCCUGGAUCUGCGUGCCCUGCACCCCCUGCUUGGAGAGCCCGAGCACGUCUACGUGCUGCUCUACGGCUCACUGUGGCUCUGGGCGCUCGCCAACCUGACAGACGAGUUUGCCCUGCUGGCGCGGCGGCGUGGGGGGCCGCAGGGGGAGCGCUUGGAGAUGGUGGUGGUGCCUAGCGUCGCCGUCGAUUACGUGCUGGGGGCGUCCAAGGGCCUCUUCCCAGUCUCUUUCGCCGGCGCCCUGCCCGGCGCGUCCGGGCCGGAAGGCGCCGCGCAGCUGCGGGCGCUGCAGCGCGCGAGAGCGGACUCGUGGAGGGCGCUCUACCAACCGGUGCCCGCCGGCGGCGGCGGCGGCGGCGGCGGCGCGGGCCCGCUCAAGCCGCACCCCGCGCUGACGGCUGACAGCCAGCCUGCGCGCGGCGCGUUUGUUUUUUUGUGGUUUCUAGGCUAA